AUGCCUCCAAUGUUAGACAGAACUGUACCUGAUAUGCCGGGUGAGGCUGUGUCUGAGGAAGUUUCCAACUAUCUCAAAACAAAGGUGUCUCAAAUCCUCCAUACACGAUUCAAUCAGUUUCCUGGUUCUCAGCCUGUCUCUUUCACAAGAGACCACUUAUACCAUAAUCUGAUGGAGCGUGACUACCUAACAUGUGAAAAAUCCGAUGGAUUGCGUGUCCUAAUGUUUGUAUUGAUCAAUCAGGAUACAGGAGAGGAAGGUACUUUCGUUAUUAAUCGUGAAAACGACUAUUAUAUGGUUCCUGGUUUCCACUUCCCGCGUUCCAGUCACAACUUUGACGCUUCACAUAAUGGAACCAUUGUUGAUGGUGAAUUGGUCUAUAGUAAGAAUCCAAAUACCGGUGUCAGAGAGGUUCGGUACCUUAUUUUUGACUGUUUGGCUAUGGAUAUGGUCAGUGUGAUGCAUAAGAACCUUUGGAAGAGACUCUAUCAUGCUCAACAUGAAUUUCAUAAACCUUAUAUGGAACUACGAAAGGCGUUUCCUGAAGCCUGUUCGCAUUUCCCUUUUAAAUUGGAUUUCAAGAACAUGACGCAACCGUUCAAAAUCGACAAGAUCUUUAGAGAGAUGAAGAACUUGACCUAUGUAUCUGACGGUCUCGUUCUCACGUGUUGUGAUAGUCCUUAUGCGCCAGGAACGGAUAAUCUGUUACUUAAAUGGAAACCAUCGGAGGAAAAUACAAUAGAUUUCAAAAUAUCGCUACGAUUCCCCAAGUUUGUGGAUGAAGAUCUACCGGAACAUGAUCCUAAUAGAGAAUAUCCUAACUACGACGCCAAGCCGGAAUUUGAGCUAUGUGUUUGGAAAGGAGGUAAUGAUUCUCAUGAAAAUGAAGGUGUAGAAGAUAAUAUUAGGCGAAAUGGAGGAGAAUACAAGAACAACUUUGGAUUCUAUGAUGAUUGGCAUGUCCAUCUCGAGGUGACAGAUGAUGAGUGGCAAUCGAUGAAGGAGAGCGGUGAAUCGUUUAAUGGUCGGAUUGCCGAAUGUAGAAGGACUAAGGAUGGUAAAUGGAAGAUGUUGCGUUGGCGAGAUGAUAAGCUGAACGGAAACCACAUUCACGUAGUUUUGAGGAUUCUUAAAUCAAUUGAGGACUCGGUGACUAAGCAAGAGUUGAUUGAUGCAGAGCCAGAGAUAAAGAGAAGAUGGAUGGAAAGGGAGGAGGCGAAGAAAAGUCAUCAGCCUGUCCAACAGGUUAAGCCAGAGAAGAAGCCCAAGCCUAUCCAGGACGACAUACCGCACUAUACAGAAUCCGAUUCACACUCUAACGACGACGAAUACUACGAGUCGGACGGGUUCGAAGAAGCGCCAAAGUUCAGUCAACCUAGUGGAGAACCGCAGGUCAAGAAGCAAAAGGUAUGA